AUGCCUGAAAAGCGCAAGAUUCGAGAUGUCAAGAAAGUUGUUGCGGUCUCUUCAGCAAAGGGAGGAGUUGGCAAGUCAACAAUAGCGGUCAAUCUCGCACUAUCAUUUGCACGCCGUGGUAUCAAGACAGGAAUUCUUGACACCGAUAUCUUCGGUCCUUCGAUCCCCACCCUCCUAAAUCUCUCCGGCGAGCCUCGCCUCGACGAAAGUGAACAACUGCCUCGUUCCUUUAACAAACUAUGGCCUGAAAUCAAUGUCAAUGGGAUACCUCCUUCCACAAACACAAGCCGACAGCACAACAGGCGAACUACCCAUGGACACAACCCCAAUAUCAUGGCGCGGACUAAUGGUAACCAAAGCCAUGCACCAACUCCUCCACUCAGUAUCAUGGGGUCCACUGGACGUCCUAAUUCUCGAUCUACCCCCGGAACUGGCGACGUCCAACUCACAAUCAACCAAGAAGUCAUCAUCGACGGGGCCGUGAUCGUAUCAACACCCCAAGACAUCGCACUCCGCGACGCGGUGCGGGGCAUUGGGAUGUUCCAGCGAAUGGAAGUACCCGUCCUCGGAAUGGUGCGCAACAUGGCAUAUUUCGCGUGUCCACAAUGCGGGACUCAGACCCGUAUAUUCUCGCAUGGUGAUAGCCACCACCACGCGCACGGUGAGAAUCAUGGUGUAGUGGCUGAGUGCAAGCGACUCGGAGUCGACUUCCUUGGUGAUAUCCCUCUCGAUGCUCGGGUGUGUGAGGAUGCUGAUCGUGGGAUGCCGACUGUUGUUGCGGAGGAAAGUGAUGAGCGCAGUGCGAGACGGGAGGCUUUCCUUGGUGUUGCUGAGCAGGUGGCUCGGAAGAUUGGCCUUGAUUGGCGCUGA